CAUUGAUUUGUGUUUUGUUGCUUUGGCCAUCAUGCUCAUUUAUUUAUGGUUUGAAGUACGAGCGCAGCUGCGCAGUUUUGCCCUGCACUCCUGCCUUUUGUGUACUGCUUUCCUGAAACCUGAUGUCACCACCCACACCACACCCCUCACAUCCUGACACCUUACUGAAGUAUAUCGCAUUCUUGUGUCAGUUACAAAGUCCAGCUGAAGAAUGGAUUGCAAAGCUGCGUAUGCUUCAUUGGUGGAAGGGCUGGAAUGCUUUGACUUUACUGGAGAUUCCGUUCCUGGCAGGCUGGUGCUCAUAGGGGGUGAUGCCUUCCCAGUUGCCAUGACUACGAACGGGGAUGUCCUGAUUGCUGCCUCUCGAUAUGGCAAGGGUCGGAUGGUGGUCCUGUCUCAUGAAGCCUACAUGAAGGAUCCCAGAUUUGCUAAGUUCAUUCGAAAUGCAGUUAACUGGCUCAAACCAUCCCCUGGUGCACUGGUUGGUGUCCACAGUAGCCUAGAUUCUUUAGCCACUGAACUCUCUAGUACAGGAACCAAGGUUAAGUUAAGUAAAGAUUACAAUGCUGGUAUGGGGGUUUACUGUAUGGACGCAUAUGUUGACACCCAGGUUGCAGAGCUUGUCAGCUUUGUAAAGCAAGGGGGCGGCCUGCUCAUUGGGGGCCAGGCUUGGCACUGGUCUUAUUUACAUCAAACCGAAGAUGUUUUUUUCUCUUUCAAUGGGAACAAAAUUACCAGUGUGGCUGGUGUUUAUUUUACAGCAGAGUAUGGACAAACUAUAGUCUGCCCAGUCCGUAGUGAAAUACCAAGGAGCUGGCUGGCAGUCCCAAACCCCCGAGGAGUAAAUCACACAACUGAUUAUAUGAGGUCCCUGCUUAAUGGUGUCAAUGACUUCAAUCUAGAAUGCAGUAGCUAUCCUUCCCAUUUGCUGGUGCAUGGUCCUUUGGCCUUCUCCAUAGCAUUUGACGAAAACCAAAAAAUAUUUGUUGCAGGUGCGCGGUAUGGCAAGGGUCGUGUCAUAGUGGUAUCGCAUGAAACCUAUAUGAGCCACCCCCCAAUUAAGACCUUUAUCCUCAAUGCUAUACGUUGGCUUGAUGCUGGAAAGGAAGGAAAGAUAGGGCUCGGAAAAAAUUUGACCGACCUCUGUGAUCUUCUAAAACAAGAACAAUUUCCCUGCAAGUUUUCUGACUUCAAAGAAGAGUGUAGUGUUUAUUGCUGCCAAGCUUACGAUGACGACCAGGCUGAAAAUAUCCGUGAAUUUGUUGCAGAAGGAGGUGGUCUGUUUAUUGGAGGUCAAGCCUGGUAUUGGGCUUACAAUCACGCAGUUGCCGAAUACCCUGGGAACAAAAUCCUCAAUAAACUUGGGAUUAGCAUUCUGGGAGCAUCCAUCCAAAACAAAAUGUACAAGGCUCCUAAAGCAGAAGAUUUCGAGCACUUUUAUCACUUCCGGAAAGCGUUGCCCAAAUUCAUGAACCACAUCCUCGGGUUGAAACCUUUAGAGGAACCAGAGUCAGGCUGGUGGAAGAAACUGGAGCUGGACUGCAGAUCUUUCUUGGAAAUGAAAGCAUAUGACAGCCAUGCGUACACCUCAAUUCGUCAACUCCUAACAGACCUGGUGAACAGAGCUGGAAUCCCUGAGUUUGUGACAGGCAGCCCAAUUAAAACCAUUGAAAGCAGGUUCUUAUUAAACCUGGCCGGCGCGCUCUCUGAUACUCAGCCUGCAUCUGCCAGAAAACUGCAAGUCAAUGGAACAAAUGGAGGUGCUGAAGCAUGGAGAAGCACAGGCCUUUCUGCUUCUCCAGGACAAAAUGUCAUUAUUGAAGUCCCUUCCACGCUCGUCUCGGUGGGCUGGCAGGUGCAGAUUGGGUGCCAGACUGAUGACUUGAGCAAUCUGGAGGAGCUGAGAAGGCCAGCGGUGGUCACAAGGAGAUUUGCGAUUGACAAAGAAAGAAAUCCAGUCUCCAGUCUGUGGGGAGGCCUGAUCUACAUCAUAGUGCCUGAGGGGAGUCGGCUUGGCCUUGUGUGGAUCACUGUAGAGGGGGCUGAGAGGUCCCCUUACUUCAUAGGCGGAAAGACCUGUCCAGUCGAGUGGGUGGAGAGUAUUCGCUAUUACCCAGCGCCCUGGGCAGAGCUGGAGUUUGAGAACAUCAUUCUGACGGUUCCUUCCAAGCACAUCCGCAGUAUGGAUGAUCCGCACUCCCUUGAGUUACUGUGGAACAGAAUCAUGAAAGCGGUAGCAGAGCUUGCAGCCACACCCGGAAAGUUUGCCAGACCAGAGCGGAUUGUGGCCGAUGUUCAAAUCUCUGCUGGUUGGAUGCAUUCUGGCUAUCCUAUCAUGAUUCAAUGGGGUGGAAUUCAAGACAUCCUAGAUCUGCAAUAUAUAAAAGCCAAUGGCACAUGGGGGCCCAUUCAUGAGCUGGGCCAUAACCAGCAAAAGGCUGCAUGGAAUUUCCCUCCUUAUACUGGAGAGGCAACCAACAACCUGUGGUCUGUCUAUGUGCAUGAGAUGGUCCUGGACAUCCCCCGGCACAAGGCUCACAGUGCCCUUGCAGCAGAACAGCGCAAGGCAACAAUUCAACAGUACCUGCGCAAUGGGGCAAAGCUUGAAGAAUGGACUGUUUGGACUUGUUUGGAAACCUACUUGCAGCUGCAAGAAGGGUUUGGCUGGGAGCCAUUCAUCAAGCUUUUCUCUGAGUACCAGAGCAAGCCAGGGCUCAGCAGCAACAACACAGACAAGAUGCUCCUGUGGGCAGAGAGGUUUUCCCAGCAGGUCCAGAAGAAUCUCUUCCCGUUUUUCAAGGCUUGGGGGUGGCCUGUUAAAGAAAGCUCUUUGCCUGAGUGGAGCCACAAUCCAAUGCUAAAAUACACCUAAUUCCCUCAUGCCAGUGGUCUUGAUGCAAUAGUCAAGAUCGUGAUGAAAAGGAUCUCCCCCAUCAUCAAGUAGCUUCAAAUGUGUGUUUUGUUUAUUUUUUUCCCCUAUUCCUUGUCUUCAUGAUGUUGAGCAGUUCUGGGUUCUGUUAAUCCAAUACUGAAUUACUGACAUUUCUUAACCUGUCUGGGAGCUUGUCAGGAGAAUCCUAACUGCCUAGGACUGAACAGACUUUUCCAAAUUCUGUGGCAAGGGUCCAUGAUUCCUAUAACAGAAAUUCUUGAAUUCUGCAGUAGCCUUUUAAAAGUUACACCAACCUGGUUCUUUUUUUUUUUUUU